UUCUUUCCCGGUUUCUAUGCCGGUCUUCGGAGGAGGUUCGAAGCUCGGUGUAUUCUCGUCGGUGCUAGGCAAGCACACGACCUAUCGUUCUGAGCGUACCAAAUUCGAUGCUACUGAAGACUUCUCUUACACCGAGUGCAAGUUGCUCAACAAAAAAGGGCUACUCGUGCUAAUCAAAGUCAACCCUUCAACGCAAGAGCUCAUCCUGGCUGCUGGGAGAGACAGAGUCUUCAUCCCGGUAUUUGACGUCCUCGGUGCGAAGAAGAUCGAGAAUGCGGACGAGAAGGCUGGAAGAUUCCGGUUGGAUUUUUGGGUGUGCCCUCAGCAGUACCUCGAGCCUUCUGUGAGGGAACUAAAGCAAGUUAGAUUGGCGUUCGAGAGCGACGAGGCUCGCACUGAAUGGUACGAGACUUUGAGAGCAAAGCAAGCGGCUGGGAAGGUCUUGGUUUUCGUGAACCCUUAUGGAGGAAAAAGGAUUGCGAGGGAACUCUUUCGCAAGUUCUUGAAGCCCAUGUUUGCGAUCGCCGAUGUCGAGUAUGAUAAAGUAGAGACGACUCACCGGAUGCACAUAGAAGAAGAUUGCGAGCGUUUGGAUGUCGACCGCUAUAGAAUGGUCAUUGUUAUUGGUGGCGACGGUACCGUCGAUGAGGCUGUCAAUGGUCUAUCUAGGAAUCCAGAUCCACGAGCUAGGUUCGUGCCUGUGGGGCAGCUGCCUGGCGGCACUGCUAAUGCUCUGGCUGAAGUCCGCGGCGUUGCGAACCCCCUCACGGCAUCGUUUUACUCUGCAAAAGGAUCGUAUCGACCACUUGACGUGAUGAAGGUUGUUAAUGAGACUGGGACCAUCGAUAUCAUUGCAACGUGCAUGGUGUCCCUCGGUUUUAUCUCUUUCGUGAAUAUGAAGGCUCGUGGGUGGAGGGAUCUCCUGGGAACUGCCAGAUAUGGUGUAUGCGGCGCUCGCAGUGUUAUCUGUGCCAAGGUGACGGAUUACGAAGCUGAUAUCAAGACCGUUCAUAAUCUGGAUGAUAUGAAUAGCUCAUCACCUAGUAAGGGCUCGAGCCUGGUGGAAGAUUCUAGAAGGAGUGGCGAUAGCAAUACGACUUCGGGAAAAUUGAGCACGACCGACGACGUUGAUGUCGAUUUCACUGGUAGUUGCAGUGUGACGAAGACUAGGAGCGACAAGGGAAGCUACGAUAUCGUCAGUCCUGAGCUCUUCCGAGAUGUUCAUAAUAAACACAUCUAUCCUCCGCCCAAGAAUUUUGCCCCUUGUUCCGUCGGUGACGAGCUGAAGCGGAGUGAGAGUAUGUUCCUGACUACAAAUCGCAAUAAGGUUCAGCUACUACACUAUUUUUCACUGAUUGGUUUACAUAAAUCGUCAACGGCUCUAAAGGAUGCUACGGGGCAUCGUCCCACUUUUGAUAUUGAGCAUGGCGUACAGCGAGUCGAGUUGAAGCCUAAGGGGAAGAUUGCUGAUAAACAUAAAAUUGCGUAUAGCAUUGAUGGGGAGUGUUAUUGGUCCGAUUCAACUUUGACGGUUAUAUAUCUGCCGAACUUCUGCUAUAUGAUUGGUCAUCCUGUUUCUGGCAACAGUGAGAGCGAAGGAUCUCUGAGGAGGACGUCAUAUUUGCAGGUUCCUUGUGCUUCUGAAGUGUCACGGCUCCGUACGGACUGUGUAUGAUGAUGAACAUAGGAAGGGCUGCGUCUGUGGCUCUUCUGUUAUUGGGGGAUUUUUCCGUCUUGAUCACCGGUUAUGUGUGAAGAAAUUUUCGCCUUGGUCUCGAGGCUAUCUCAUUCGUAUCAUAUGAUCGUGAAUCCUAAUUGUCUUGCUCAAGUUCGCCCGGUCGAUGGAUGACUGUGUUUCAGUAGUCGUUCACAUAGUCUUACUGAUUAUCAGCAGUUUUAUAUUCGAAUUUUGUACACUUUUAUCAUUCACAUGUAUAUACUCUGGCAAAGGCAGCCUAUGGUUGCGUCGUAUUUCUGGAUCGCUUUUACUCUCCUUGUCGAGAGUAUGAGAGGCUCACUAGUUACAUAGGUUUUGUUGCGGUAGCAAUUGUGUUGGUAUUAUCAUAAUAUUGUUAUCGUCUUUCGGG